CCGGUCACGGAGAUAAUCCCCGGUGAUCUCAGCUUACAAAGACCGAAUCCUCAUCCGUAAAAUACCACAGCUCUCGGCCUGUCAAUUCUCGGUCGGUGUAAUACCACAUCAUGUCUUCUCGGCCCCGAACUCGGUCGUGCGCCGUGUGUCAUCGCCGAAAAGUUCGCUGUGACAAGAAAUUCCCAUGUGCGCAGUGUGUCCGGUCUGGCUUUGAGUGCUCGUAUCCGCCUGUGGGGCCUCCUGCACGGCGUGCCAAGAAGACGACAAUCAGUGAUGUUGCAAGUCGCAUUUCGCAGAUGGAGAAGACGAUUGAGGCGUUCAAGGCUGGACAAGCUGUGUCGCCGCAACCGACGGUGUCUGCAAGUUCAGUGACGCCCGCGAAUAGUGUCCCCACGCCGGCGAGUACAACUGCAGAUGUCGAGAGCAGGGAAAGGGUUGGAGGUUCACAGAAUGUGGGUUCUCGUGAGGGCCUCUUGUUCAAUAAGGGGAAAAGUAGUCACUAUGUCAAUGAAGUUCUCUUUUCUCGAGUCAUCGAGCAGGAAGACGAUGUGCGAAUGGCCUUGGCAACGCCCAGAGACGAGCCACCCCACGAUUCCAAUUCCCCAAUAUGUCGCUUGAAUCCCAUGGGAUGGCUAUCCGCUGGGAUUUCGUCCGUGUCUACCGCCGUCUAUCACCCUCAAAGACGCGUGGCUGUUCGACUAUGGAAAGUGUUUGUUGACAGUGUUGAUCCAUAUGCCAAGGUUCUGCACCUCCCUACCGCCGAGACAGUAAUUUACACGGUCACAAGCGACCCCAGCAAAGCUUCGAAUGAAAACUUGGCACUUUGCUUCGCUAUUUAUUACGCCUCUGUCACUGCCAUGGGCCCCAAUGAGGUACUCGACAUUACUGGGGAGGACAACAAAAAAGCUCUCCUGAGAUACAGGAUGUGUUUGGAGCAGUCACUUGCCCAAGCAGAUUUCCUUGAUAAUCCCACAAUCACCCUUCUGCAGGCCAUUGCAAUAUACGGCGCCGCAAUGCGUGUCCAUAGCUCCGGUCGAGCCGUCUGGAUCAUGAAUGGCCUCGCACUUAGAUCCGCACAGUCAAUAGGUUUGCACAGAGACGGUAGCAAGCUCGGUUUAUCCCCCUUUGAGUCAGAGAUGCGACGUCGACUAUGGUGGUACUUUCAAGAACGAGACGGAAGAGGUGCCGAGGAUUAUGGACUGCAAAAUCCGCCAAGCUUUAAUCCAGUAUAUGGUGUUGAGCUGCCACGGAAUCUGCACGAUAGCGAUCUAUUUCCAGGGAUGAAAGAGCUUCCCCCGUCGAGACCAGAUUGGACGAGGAUGACCUUACCACUGUGCUGCAAUCAGUCGUCCCAGGCCUGGGCUCAGCUCUUUCAGAUGAGCUGCUCUGCCAAUGGCAUCCCAGAUGAAGAUGUUCGAAGGCGGCUGAUCAAAGAUGCCGUUGAAAAGGUCGAAGGAAUUCUGCAGCGGUGCAACCCCGUUAUACCAGAGCAAAGAAUGACGAUUCGAACUGCGCGAUUAAUCCUCUGCAAAGUCGACGUAGUCACGCGCCGCCAAUGGCAGAUUCUUCGCUCGCCAGACGAUCGCCAGCCACCAAUGGCCACAGAAGCCGAAGUCACCGAAGCAGUCGAACUCCUCGAGCUCUCCAACAGCAUGUGGCAAGACGACGACCUCAUCGCGUUCCAGUGGCUCGCGCGCGCAUUUCCCCAAUAUCACAUAAUGCUAUUCAUCCUCCGUCACUUAUGCGUAUGUCCUCGUGGAGAACUAGCGAAAAGAGCUUUUAUAGCUGUAGAGGUUCAUCUUGGGUAUUUCAAGACGAGUGGGAAUGGGCCCUUGAAUGGGCUGAAGUGGACGGUGCUUACGACGUUGAGAGAGAGGGCGUUUUUGUUGAUGCAGAAGGUUGAGAGGGAGAGUGUAAAUGUGCAACAGGAUGAGAGGAGUCAGCAAAUGGGAUUUCAGGGGAGUGGGGAGGGGAUGCAGAGUGGGAGUGAAGUCGCUGUUCCGGAUUGGAAUAUGAUUUUGGAGGAGUUUCCGUUAGACAUGGAAGACUUUUCGUUGAUUUUCUGACGGGUAAGAGAACAUUUGUACGAUUACAUGAAGUAAUAUGACUUAAGUCAACAUCGAUGCAUACAUGGUACAAAACAAAGAUGUUAUAUCUAUUUUAAACAAA